AUGAGAUCAGGGCGAAGCGGUAGAUCUCGUCCCGUUUGUUCUUGUCUUUGCAGUUUCUCUCUCUCCCGUGUCUCUCCUAGGUAUCUCCGCGUUUCGCUUUUAUGGACGCCUGUGCAACGACUGAGACGACUAGAUUUUAAUUAUCGUUCAAAAUUAUUUCAUAUCGUGCUUUUGGGUGUGGUCGUUUUCACAUCGGGUAUCUAUCUUUUUGCUAUCCCCUCAUCAGCCCAUUGGCCAUCAUGUGACAAAAAGGAAACACUCACUUUUCUAAACGAAAGCAGAUGGUCUCUUUCUUUUACCUCUUCGGCAGACGAGAAAUUUAACUACUUUCUUCCAGUUUUUUUCCCAAUAAGAAAAAAACAACAAAAAAAAUGUCCUUUCUUUCAUCUUCCCUCGCCUGGUCAUUGGUAUACCUUCAGUUUAUCGGAAUUUAGUGUUUUUCUGUCUUCUAUAUUUUUUUCUCAAUUAAAAACAAACAUCCUUUUCUUUCAUUUUCCUUCGUCUGGUCAUCGGUAUAUCUUUAGUCUAUCGGAAAUUCGUAGCUUUCGCCGGUUUUGGCCCGCACUCUCAAAAUGGUUGCGUAUCACCUGUUCUAUACAAUUAUUCUUAACCUUCUGGAAACUUGGCGGUUCCUGA